AUGUCGGAACCCAUUCGAAACAAGAAAGUGGAAUUUCCCACAGCCCCUACCCCCCAAAACACCCCAGCUAACAAUGCUCCCAUCUCCUCGCAUGCCCAACAACCUGGUGUCGCCAGCAUUAAAGAAGAGGACCUCGACCGUGCAACGGCAGCUUCGCUCUUUGCGCAAAACCCAAAACUGAUUUCCAUGAUCCAGGGGAGACUUGGGUCUUUGGUUGGCCGAUCGUCUGGUUAUGUGGAGUCUCUCCCUGCGCCCGUUCGUCGUCGUGUAACAGGCCUGAAAGGAAUCCAGAAAGAGCAUUCAAAACUUGAGGCGGAAUUCCAACAAAAAGUCCUCGAGCUAGAAAAGGAAUACUUUGCCAAAUUUAAACCUUUGUACGCUAAACGUGCGACUAUCGUCAACGGACAAUCUGAGCCUACCGAAGACGAAGUACAGGCUGGUAAACCAGAAGAUGAGGACGAAGAGCGGGAUUCUAAGGCGAAGGAUGAAGCAAAAUCGGAAGAUAUUGAUGUGCCUGUAGCCGCUGGUAUUCCCGAGUUCUGGCUCUCUGCCAUGAAGAACCAUAUCUCUCUUUCUGAAAUGAUCACCGACAGGGACGAGGAGGCAUUGAAACAAUUGACCGACAUUCGUAUGGAAUAUCUCGAACGUCCCGGUUUCCGCCUGAUAUUCGAGUUUGCUGAAAACCAGUUUUUUACCAACAAAACCAUCUCUAAGACCUAUUACUAUCAGGAAGAAAGUGGUUACGGUGGCGAUUUCAUUUACGAUCAUGCCGAGGGCGAUGAGAUUGAAUGGAAAGAGGGCAAGGACCUUACCGUCCGAUACGAAAGCAAAAAGCAACGAAAUAAAAGUACCAAGCAGACCCGCGUUGUGAAGGUCAAGGUUCCCACAGAUUCGUUCUUCAAUUUCUUCUCCCCACCAAAAGUGCCAGCAGGUGGUGACGAUGACGCGGCAUCCGAUAUUGAAGAGCGACUGGAGUUGGACUACACUCUUGGUGAGGACAUUAAGGAGAAACUCAUUCCCCGAGCCGUCGACUGGGUUCACCGGAGAAGCUCUUCAAUUUUGAGGAAUACGAUGAGGGAGAUGGACAUGGGACGAUUUCGAUGA